AUGGCUCCAAUGCUUAGUGAGGAACCCUACGGGACAGGCGUCAAUGGUGUCAGCAGCGUCCAUGGCCUCAGCAGCGUCAACGGUCUCAGCGGCGUCAACGGUCUCAGCAGCGUCAACGGCACCAACGGUACGAAGAUUUCAAAGGCCAGGACCACCUUCCAGCCGACGCAGUCGAACCCAGCGCUCUUCACCAACGAGAAGCAAGAGAUAUUCGUGGGUCCAUCGCCAGAGCUGAAUCCAGGCGCCGACGACUGCGUGGUUCGAAUGCGGUGCAAUGGCAUCUGCGGGUAUGCUCAAGAGCUCCUCAUUCUGGCCAGAAUCAAAUAUACUGACCAUCUCCAGCUCGGAUGUUCACUUCUGGCACACGGGCAGAAUCGGCCCACUCGUCGUCGAGAGCGACCAAUGCCUAGGCCACGAAGGGUCCGGCACGGUCAUAUGGGCCGGCGAACACGUCCAGAACCUCCAAGUCGGCGACAAUGUAGCCAUCGAGCCCGGCGUGCCUUGCGGAGCCUGUUUCCCAUGCUCGAGCGGGAACUACAACCUCUGUGCCGACGUCAAAUUCACCGGAGUACCUCCCCACGCAGGCUCGAUCCGGAGAUACCACGUCCACAAAGCAGCCUUCCUCCACAAACUCCCCGCGGGCUUUUCCUUCUCCGACGGCGCUCUCUGCGAGCCCUUGAGCGUCGUCCUGCACGGCUUCGAACGCAGUCCCAUCCAACUCGGCGAGGGCACCGUCAUCUGCGGCGCCGGACCCAUCGGCAUGUGCGCUCUGGCAGUGGCGAAAGCCUCCGGCGCAUGUCCCAUCCUCGUGACGGAUCUCGACGCCGGGAGGUUGGCCUUCGCGCGGAAAUUCGCUCCCGGUUGCGUGACGUACCAGAUCGACCCCAAGACGACAUAUCAGGACACGGCGCGGGAGAUCCUGAAAACGCUGGAAGCAGCAGGCGGCGCGCAACCGAGGGUGGUGUACGAGUGCACGGGAGUCCAGAGCAGUGUGGUGACGGCGUGCUAUCUCCCGCGACCGGCGGGUGAGGUCAUGGUCAUCGGGGUGGGCAAGCCCGUGAUGAAUGAUCUUCCCUUCAUGCACAUUUCCCUUGCGGAGGUCAGUUCUCAAAACAUCACAUUUCCUGCCAACCACCAGAUGCGUGACCAACCAUGCCGCGUGCUGACUAUUUUGAAUCAAGAUCGACCUCAAAUUCAUCAACCGCUACCAUCAUUCCUGGCCGAACGCAAUCCGGCUACUACAUCAUAAAGUCAUCGACUUGCAACCCCUGGUCACACAUCGGUUCAGACUGGAAGAUGCAGACAAAGCGUUGGCGGCAUCCGCGGAUCGAGGCUCGGGUUCGAUCAAGGUCCAUAUCGAAGAUGACAGUCCUUGA